AUAUCUCUCUUCCUGGACUUGGAUUCAAGAGUUUGAUCACAAUAUGUAACUAUAGAUUUUACUGGUACCUAAAUUCUCUACUUUUCCUUUGUUAUCCAGUGUUUGGUUGUUGAGAAAACACGAGGAAAACGAGAAAAGCUUUGGUUUUUUUGGUCUUGAAAAUGCUAAGGAUGGUCGAUCUUUUAGACCUUCUUCAAAAAGUUUUUUCCUCUUCCGAAUAUGUACUUGUUAUAAAUUGUUAGAGAUUGGGCGUAUCAGACUUUAGGGUGGAAAUAGAGAUACCCAGACGAAACAUUCAGCCAAAUCGGACUAAAUAGUUGUAUUAAGCUAAGUUUCGUGGAGUAGGGUCUUGAAUUUUUAGAACUCAAAUAAGAUUUGUUCUGUUUCUUCCUGCAAAUUUUUGAGCUGACGAACAAUGGUCCUUGAGUGUGCGUGUUCUCUCUUGCUUGCGUAUGGAAUCCCGAAUUUGCCCAAUAUAUUUUUGCAAAGCCUGGAAAUGAAGAUGGAAGAUUAGAACAUGGUGGGCAGACUGGGUUGCAGUCAGCCACAUAUUCUCAACCUUGGUGGCGUGGCGUGGGGAACAACGUGUCCUUAGGUGACAAUGCUUCGAAAUCAACUUCAAUGGAACACUUAAAUAUUUCUGUUGGGAAUGGAGCCAUGCAAUUGAAAGGGAAUGGCCCGCUAGAUGAUGGAGCCAAAUUCAACAAAGAAACACGGGGCACUGUAGCAUCAAAAUCUGAUGGGAAUAUUGGGAAAGACCACCUAGAUAAUAACCAUGUUCCAUCCUUAACCCCUAAAAUGGUUGAACACCUUGAUCCCAACUCCCAGAUGGAGCUUGUUGGCCACUCGAUUGUAUUGACAUCAUAUCCUUAUUCAGAUCAACAGUAUGGUGGAAUGUUUGCUUCUUAUGGGCCCCAACCUAUGAUACCUCAAUUAUAUGGAAUGCAUCAGGCUAGAAUGCCUUUACCUCUUGAAAUGGAAGAGGAACCUGUCUAUGUAAAUGCAAAACAAUAUCAUGGUAUUCUGAGGCGAAGACAAUCACGUGCUAAGGCUGAGCUUGAGAAGAGAGUGAUAAAAGUUCGGAAGCCAUAUCUCCACGAGUCUAGACAUCUACAUGCUAUGAGGAGGGCGAGAGGCUGUGGGGGUCGCUUUCUUAAUACAAAAAAGCUUGAUAAUCUUUCUGAUCCCCCUUCAGAAGAAGGCAUGAAUAUGGGUGCUAAACCUUCUAUGGGGCCAACCAUCUCAUCUGGCUCUAAGUGCUUUUUCAACAAUGGCAAUGGGAAUUCAAGUUCCUCGCUUAAUCAGCACAAAGGAUCACUGCCCAUAGUUCACAACACACACGAAGCACACAGUUUUUCCAACGGUAACAGCAGUAGCAAUGGUCUGUCAUCAACUUACCAUUCACUGUUUAGUGAUGAUGGUAAGGAGGCAGAUUGCUUGGGUCAGCAGAGAGAGAGCAUGCAGGUGAACAGGGUUGCACAUGGGGCACUUCCCAUUAAAUGACAUUCGCUGAAGGUGAACCUGAAGGUGUUCGCUGCAUCCAGCUUUGGGAGAAACCCUCGUGUUUCUCAGGCAAUUCAUUCUUGGCUUAAAAAAAACUAGGUUACUUGUCUUAAUUCUAGGUGAGAAUAGGGAGAUAAAUAUGACUCGCAGCUAUUAUGGUCUGAAGUUCAUACAUUUUUCUUCCUUUUCCCGCCCAGUGUAAAAUGCUCAAAGUUCCUAACUUAUCAAAUAGGGAAUGGUUAUGUAUGUGUAAAAUUUCAACAAUUUAGGUAUGGAGGUUUCAGAAGUGUGGUGCUUGUUUAUUACAGAGUUUGCUAGCCUGAUGGUGCUGUGUUGACAA